AUGUCCUCAUAUCUUCGCCCUGAGACGUUGGCGACCAGUCCAAAGUAUAACACAGGUGCACUGACGGUCCAGAUAGUCGGGGCAGGUGCGAUGGUGCCCGUCACCAUGACCAACACUAUAGUCGGCGCCUCAGCCGCUGUUUCCGAAUCCGACAACGACGUCGCGAAAGGACCCAAACAUAAACGGCAUGCACAGCCAGUGUUGUGUCCCAGCAAUGACUUUUGUCCUAUUCUAGCCCUUCCAGCUGUGGAUGGUGCUGUAUUAUGUCCCAACAAUGACUUUUGUCCUGUCCUAGCCCUUCCAGCUGUGGAUGGGGCUGUAUUAUGUCCCAACAAUGACUUUUGUCCUGUCCUAGCCCUUCCAGCUGUGGAUGGGGCUGUAUUAUGUCCCAACAAUGACUUUUGUCCUAUUCUAGCCCUUCCAGCUGUGGAUGGGGCUGUAUUAUGUCCUAACAAUGACUUUUGUCCUGUCCUAGCCCUUCCAGCUGUGGAUGGGGCUGUCCUCACGACAGCCCAUGCGCUCAUACCAUUCCCAUCUCGCGCAGCGGCAAAGGCUAAGCUGUGACUGGGCCCUGAGUUUAUGCGCAGCGUUUGUGUGGUUAUUCGAUACCAUAGCGUUGGGUGAUGUGGGGCUGGCUUAACCACAGUUGUGGUUACUCCAUGCGUCGCACUGCCUAAAGAAAUUAACGCACACACACACACACACACACACACAUUAAUAUAUAUACUGCGGAAUAAGUUUUCUUCGAACAGCACCAGACUUAUAUACUGUGGGACCUACAGGCGGCCUACCACC